GAAGGAUUUGUUAAUUUAAUUCUUAUCUCCCACUAUUGGUGAAAACCCAUGCUAUUUGAAGCAGAUCUUCGACAAGUUGAGAAGAGUGGGAUGAAGUUGCCCGUUUAUGGUAGCUCCCUCGAACGUUAUCAACGGUUCUUGGGGAAGGCUUAUCGUACCCACCAAAUUUUUCAAUUGCAUUUUUGAGCCGAAUUUGACGUUGCUUGAUGUUGUUGGUCCUGGUCAUGUGGUUCCUGGGUCUUCCUUUUCGUUCAUGAUCUGCUUUUUUUCUCUUUUCCUCCACUCGUGUCUGAUUUCGGGGCCUAUCAUCUUUUUAGAUUCAUCCAUAGUUUCGAAAAGUCUCUCGAACGAUGUCGUCCGAACAUUCACAUGACCAUGAAGAGAAACAUGGGACGAAAGAUGCCAGUGGAAUUCCUGAUGUGAUUGCAGACCAUGAGACUAUAGGGACUGUUGGUCCUGAUGGUCUUAAACGUUCAUUGAAGCCUCGACAUUUGCAAAUGAUUGCUAUCGGAGGUGUCAUCGGAACAGGCCUUUUCCUAGGCACGGGCAGUGAUCUUGAGCAUGGCGGUCCUGGUGGCUUGCUUAUCGGAUACUGCAUCAUGGCUUCAUUGCUAUACUCUGUAAUGGUUGCGCUGGGAGAAAUGGUAUCUCAGUUCCCCUUGCCUGGCGGUCAAUUUGCUCUCGCUGGUCGAUUCGUGGCUCCCGAAUUGGGAUUUGCUAUGGGUGUCCUCUAUUGGUAUAAUUACAUUAUCGUGCUUCCAGCAGAGAUCUCAGCAGCUGCUGUUCUCAUUUCGUACUGGACUCCAGCAGGUCAAGUUGGCUCAACUUACACCACGGGUAUCUGUAACAAUGCCAUGUGGGUCGGACUGAUGUUGAUCGUUGUUGUCAUCACUAUCAUUGGCCUCAUUCUCACGGGAAUCAUCAUUACUGCCGGAGGUGGGCCCAAUCACGAGACUAUCGGCUUCCGGUUCUGGAAUGAAACUGGUGGCUUUGUUCAGUAUUCCGGGAUAGCCGGUGCUAAGGGUCGUUUCUUGGGAUUCUUCAGUGUCUUGAUCAGUGCGGCUUUCGCUUUUAUUGGAACUGAGAUUACCGCCAUUGCAGCAGCCGAGACUGCUAAUCCUCGCAAAACUGUCCCACGAGCAAUCAAAAGCGUGUGGAUUAGACUUGUUCUCUUCUAUCUCUGCAGUGCUUUCCUCAUCGGAAUGCUCGUUUCGCCCACUGAUCCUUCUCUCAACCUCGCUUCCACGGCCGCCAAAUCUCCGUUCGUCAUCGCUAUCAAAAACGCAGGAAUUUCCGUACUGCCCUCAAUCAUCAAUGCUGCUCUUCUGACCAGCGCUUGGUCAGCCGGCUGCGCCGAUCUCUUCGUCUCGUCACGAACACUAUACGGUUUAUAUGCUCGUGGUCAAGCACCCAAGAUCUUUGGGAAAACCCGUUCAGAUGGUCUUCCUUGGGUCUGCGUUCUGUUCUGUGCCGCUUUCUCGUUGCUUUCGUUCAUGGCAGCUGCUCAUGGGAAGGCAGGAACUGUCUUUGGCUAUUUCUCAAAUAUGACUGCGAUUUGCGGUAUGAUUUCUUGGGCUUGUAUCCUCUGGACCAGCAUCCACUGGCACAAAGGUUUGAAAAUCAAGGGAAUUGACCGUAAUACGCUUCCAUACAAGGCACCGCUGCAGCCUUACCUGAGUUACUACGGACUAUCAGUCGCCUUACUGGUGAUCGUCUUUGGAGGAUUCACUAGUUUCAUCCACACAUUUGAUACCUCGUCAUUCAUCACAACAUACUUCCCCAUACCAUUCUUUCUUGUUUUGCUUUUCGGAUAUAAGUUGUACCACAAGACCAAGGUUGUGAAGUUCGAGGACUUCGACUUUGUCAGUGGAUCAUCGAUGGAGAUGCCUGAAGAGCAUGAGGCAAAAGGUCUUCUUAGGAGGCUGGCCGACAACAUUUGAGAGCGUUGUGACUUCUCACUUACUCUAGGACGCUUGUUGAAAAGUUGCCCAAAACUUUUUGUAGCAAGAUGGGGAAGAAGAGCCUGAACGGUGUAAAGAUGUUUCCACGUACGGUAUUUGUACGAGUAGAAUGAUGACAUGGAUCGUCACUGGGCAAACACAGAUCAGACUUUCAGUCUCAGUGAAAUGUCUGACUCGAUUUUGAGAACCCGAGUAUCUCUCUAUGGUGUCUACAUCAAAAUUUCAUAUUAAGU